CAGCCGCCGCCUGAGGGGGAGGGAGAGGAGCCCGGGAUUGUGGGAUACUGGCUGACCGAGGUCCGGAGGAGCAGCCGCCGCCUGAGGGGGAGGGAGAGGAGCCCGGGAUUGUGGGAUACUGGCUGACCGACGGGCUGAGGAUGGGAGAGGUGUGUGAGCGGAGCUCUGCCUGCUGACUGGAAUGGGUGCGACAGGAUCCACACAAUGGCACAGGUAGAGAAGAAGGGAGGGCUUCUCCGCAAAGCAUCAUCCACCAAAAAACCCCUGAAAGAGAAGGUGGUUUUGAUGUACGAUGAAAUCUUCAAGCAUGAAGACCCAGCAAAGAACUGUCCUCGAUUCUGGGAGGAACUCUUCCUGAUGAAGGUGAACCUGGAGUACCUGGAGGCGAAACUGGAGUCUGUGGAUGGCGAAGAAUUGAUGAAGCUGAAGGAUAAUAUUAACAGCCUAUUCCAGCACUGUAUAGUGUCCUUAAAUGAGGAGCACCAGAUCAAGGUGGUGAAUGCAUUGCAGACGCUAUGUGCACUGAUCCGGGGAGUCCACCAGAAAAACAAGCCGACCUCUGGCUUCGACAUCAUCAAUAUGUUGAUGGGCUUCGACAAAGCUGAGCUCAGGAUGAAGAAUUUGGUGGAGAGUUUGGACUCGCUGCUAUGCGGUGAUGGUUCGGAGAGUUUGAAGAGUCUCUGCCUUAAGCUGCUGCUCUGCCUAGUCACAGUUACUGACAAUAUCAGCCAGAACACAAUCUUGGAGUAUGUGAUGAUUAACAGUAUUUUUGAAGCCAUUCUUCAGGUUCUCUCGGUGGCCUCCAGCAGAGUGCAGCAUGGUUAUGAUGGUGUGGUACUCCUGGCACUGCUUGUUAAUUACAGAAAGUAUGAGUCCGUGAACCCGUACAUCGUGAAGUUGUCCAUUGUUGACGAUGAGGCCACAUUAAACGGAAUGGGGCUGGUCAUCUCUCAAGCACUGACGGAAUAUAACAGGCAGUACAAAGACAAGGAGGAGGAAAGCCAAGGAGGUUUCUUCUCUGCUCUAACCAACAUGGUGGGUAACAUGUUCAUAGCGGAAGUAGAGGAGAAGAUUUCAGUCCAGACUAAUGAGGCUAUCCUGUUGGCACUGUACGAAGCCGUUCACUUAAACAGAAACUUCAUCACAGUAUUAGCGCAGAGCCAUCCCGAGAUGGGACUGGUCAGUAUUCCAACAACACCUGUACUGCCGACAACUCCAACCACACCCUUGGGAACCACGCCUCCUUCAUCAGAUGUGAUGAAUUCUUCAGAGCUUCCACUGGAUCCAAACCUUCACACCAGUAACCUGCUCAUCACCUUCCUCAAGUAUUGCUCCAUCGUCAUGCAGGAUACAAAAGAUGAGCAUCGAUUGAACAGUGCCAAACUCUGCCUGAUCAUACUCACCUGUAUAGCAGAGGAUCAGUAUGCAAAUGCCUUUCUCCACGAUGACAACAUGAACUUUCGGGUCAACUUGCAUAGAAUGCCCAUGAGACACCGGAAGAAGGCUGCGGACAAGAACAUCCCUUCACGGCCUCUGGUCUGUGCUGUGUUGGAUCUAAUGGUGGAAUUUAUGGUCACGCACAUGAUGAAAGAGUUCCCCAUGGACCUAUACAUGCGGUGUGUUCAGAUUGUCCACAAGCUCAUCUGUUACCAGAAGAAAUGCCGAGUGCGAUUACAUUACACCUGGCGUGAGCUCUGGUCAGCACUAAUCAAUUUGUUGAAGUUUGUGAUGUCGAAUGAGACGGUGCUAUUGGGAAAACAUAACAUCUUUGCCCUGGCCUUAAUGGUGGUGAAUUUAUUCAAUGUGUUCAUUACCUACGGUGACACUUUCCUUCCCACACCGAGCAGUUACGAUGAACUUUACUACGAGAUCAUUCGCAUGCACCAGGUCUUUGAUAACUUGUAUUCAAUGGUUUUGAGGCUCUCAACAAACAGCGGUCAGUGGAAGGAACCAGCAAGCAAGGUCACGCAUGCGCUGAUCAAUGUCAGAGCCAUCAUCAACCAUUUUAACCCCAAGAUAGAGUCGUAUGCAGCAGUCAAUCACAUCUCACAGCUCUCUGAAGAUCAGGUGCUGGAGGUUGUGCGCUCCAACUAUGACACACUGACCCUGAAGCUGCAGGACGGCUUGGACCAGUACGAGCGUUACUCAGAGCAGCCCAAAGAGGCAGCCUUCUUCAAAGAAUUGGUCCGCUCCAUCAGUCUUAACGUGAGGAAGAAUCUUGCUGUGAACACCCUGAGCCAGGAGAUAUUGCUGAAAGAAUUCUCCUCCAUAUCCUGAAACUGACUCCAGCUUGUCAACCCCCUCCCAAAGCACCAAUAUCUCCAUUUCCUCUUCUUUCUCCUGGUGGAUUACUGUGCAUUGAUUUACUCGUCAAAAGAACAAUCGGAUUGGCUUCCUGCGGUGUCUGUGACUGCCAGCUGUUUCGUUCGAACUUCUCCUAGACCCACCCCGUCUCCACAGCAGCAGAGAGGAACUCAGUGUCCCUGGGACUGGUCAUUGAACCCCAGCUUACGUUCAUCUCCUUUAGCUGCUCUCCGUGACGGUCUUCGUGGAGCUGAGGUGCAGUCACACCAGCUUGGCACCAACACGUGGUCACAUUUCCCUGGCCGCCUGUCGAUACCUAUGUUCCCCUUUUGCUGGCUUCCUCUCUCCAGGUCAAGGGCGACUCUGUGGCUGGUUUCCGCAGCCUGGCAGGCACGAGGGUUUCUUGAUGUGUUUGAGUUAAGCACAAGGAAUAUCGAAAAUACUCAUUAGUUCUGGCAGCAUCCGUGGAGAGAGAAACAUUUCAGGCCGAUGACCUUCCAUCAGUUUGAGCUAACAGUCCCACUUCUGACUUGCACCCAGCUCUCAGGGUAACCUAAAUCGCAGGCUUACGAGGAAGUAAGUCCCCAACCUGGGAAUGGAUGCCUGACAGUCUCAGCUUAGUGAUAGUUGCUCUCAGCUGACACCAGUAUGCGACGGUCUGCUGUGAGCUGGAGUGAUUUUAUUUUUAAUUUCUUUAGUGGUGAUCCUUGUUUACUGCAUUUUCUGCAAGCGGUGGUGGCUGGAAGGCAAGAGAUUCGGCCUCUUGUCACCACAGCGUGGAGUGUGGUCUGAGAAUAAAGAGUUGUGAUGUACCACC